AAUGGGCGGUGGAAAAAUGGGCGGUAAUAUGGGUGGCGGCAUGGGUGGUGGUAUGGGAGGCGGCAUGCCAAUGGGCGCUAUGCCCAUGAUGAUGGGCGGCGCUGGUGGUAUGGGCGGAAACAUGGGUGGCGCUGGUGGAAUGGGCGGCGGCAUGGGCGGUGGCAUGGGCGGCAGCAAAGGUGGAAUGGGCGGCGGCAUCUCCAUGAUGGACCAGAUGAUGAUGCAAACGAUGAUGGAAGGUGCUAUGGGAGGCGGUAUGGGAGGUGGUGCCAUGGGAGGCGGUAUGGGAGGUGGUGCUAUGGAAGGCGGUGCUAUGGGAGGCGGCAUGGGAGUCGGUACUUUGAAAGGCGGUAUAGGAGGUGGUGCCAUGGGAGGCGUUUCUAUGGGUGCCGGCAUGGGAGGCGGUAUGGGAGGUGAUGCUAUGGGAGGCGGUGCCAUGGGGGGCGGAAUAGGAGGCGGUAUGCCUAUGAUGAUGCCUGGCGGCGGUAUGGGGGCAAUGGGAGGCGGUAAAAUGGGCGUCGGAAUGGGAAGCGGUAUGCCUAUGAUGAUGAUGGUGCCAAUGGGCGGCGCUAGCGGAAUGGGCGGUGGAAACACAGGUAUGGGCGGUGGCAUGGGCGGCGAUAUGCCAAUGAGGGGCGGAGGAAUGGGCGGCGGCAAAAUGGGAGGCGGCAUGCCCAUGAUGAUGAUGCCCGGUGGUGGCAUGGGCGGCGGUAUGGGAGGAGGUGAGGGUGGUAUGGGCGCCGGUGGAGCUGGUGGUAUGGGCGCCGGUGGAGCUGGCGGUAUGGGCGGUGGCAAUGGCGGUAUGGGAGGCGGAGCCGGGGGCAAGGGUGGAGCCCCUAAAGGCAAAUAUUAGGCGCUGUCUAGUGCUUGUCCUGGAAACGGUAUCGACUCACGACUCGUCCAAUCUCGGGAAUCCAGAAUGCCCUCGUCUUGUCCCCUGUCCACAUGCAUGCAUGACAUCUCCCGCGGUGUCAGCAACAGCAGCAUCACUGGUGUCUUAGAGAUUCGGCUCUUUUUGUUACAUUCGAAAGUGAUUUAAGCCGACAGUGACUUCUAGUGUUCAAGAUCUUGUACUGUACCAAAUA